AUGGGGAUACUAGAUGAUAUUCAGUAUCUUGGAGUACUAGUUACUAGUAUAGCUGCAGGAAAGGUGCGGUUUUCAGAAGAAAGGUUUGUAGAGCGCGAAGUUGCAAUUUGUGACGUUAUUUGCGGGUCGGAAGCUCUUGUGAAAACUUAUCCGUUAUAUUCCUAUUCAAACACAAAGUGGGUUUCAGUUGAGAAGGUUUUCUUCAACCUUGGUUGGAAUACUGUUUGCCACCCUUGUAUCUGGUUUUCAUGUCAUCCAUCUUUUUAUCGAGAUUCUUAUCAACGCUUUUCCAGGUUUUCUUCAACCUUGGUUGGAAUACUGUUUGCCACCCUUGUAUCUGGUUUUCAUGUCAUCCAUCUUUUUAUCGAGAUUCUUAUCAACGCUUUUAUAAUCAAGUUUGCUAGUCACAGAGUGUGUCACAUGUACAGCCUGGUGUUAAGCUUCAUGUACCUGCUCAUGUACCGAUUUUCCGAUGAGUUGGGUCUACCUAUCCCACCUGCGCAUACCAGUGCUAUUAUCAUGAUACUUACUCUCAAGCUCAUAGGGCUAGCAUUUGAGGUUCAUGAUUCACAUGUCAAAGCGGAGAGUUUAACUGAAAAGAAGGCGUUGAAUCCGGGAUUUCUUGAAAUAUUUCAUUAUGGGCUCAAUCACGCAGGUUUAAUUACAGGUCCAUACUUGAAGUUUAGUGUUUGGAAAGGAAUAUACAGAGACUGCUGGAAUCCCGCUGUUACAGGAGAAAACGAGGCGGCCAUAAAUACAGCAUUAUAUAAAAGAGCUCGAAAUAUUCCCUUUUAUAUUGGGGCUUUUCUAAUCUCAGGAUACUUCUUCCCUCUUAAUAUUGUUGAAACUGAGGUUUGGAUUCAAGAAUCUUCCUUCCUCUGGAAACUGUUUUACAUGAUGCCAAUAUUUUUUAACUUCAGGAUGAGGAUAUAUGCUGGAUUUUGUUUAUCUGAAUGUGCUUGUAUAAGUGCUGGAGUAGGAGCUUAUCCCGUCAAUUCUAAUCCAAGACCUGGCCAGGGACCAAGAAACGAGGAAGCCUUAGAAAUCUUUGACAAGAAAACUGAAAUAAAUUUUGAAACUGUGCACAAUAUAGAUGAAUGGGCAGCUGAUUUUGUUCCAACGAUGAGAGAAGCGUUGAAAUCCUGGAAUAUGACAGUUCAGCACUGGCUGGUUUCAACAGUGUAUAAAAGAUUUCCCUACAAACCUUUGCGAACCACAGCAGUUAUGCUGGUUUCCAGUAUCUGGCAUGGAGUUUACUCAGGAUAUUAUCUGUCUUUGGGAUCUGUACCACUCUUCCUUAUGGUUGAGGAUGUCUGGGUUGGAAAAGUGAGACCAAGAUUGAGUAUCAGAAUGCAAAACAGAUUUGACUGGUGUUCCUGGUUCCUGCGAAUGCGCUGGUUUGAUUAUCUUGGAAUGGGAUUUCUUCUGCUCAGGGUAAAGAGCACUAUGAACUAUUGGAGUGGAGUCUACUAUAUUGGACACAUGUCUCUACCUUUUCUGUACAUCCUUGGUCACAUUGUCAUCUUUAUCAUGAAAAAAAUGGACGGAAGAGAACAGCUCCCGCUGCCAGAGGAAAAUAAGAAUAAAUAAUUGUUUAGGGUAGUCCUUUUUCUUUGUUGCCAACAUUUAUAUACUUUUAUAAAG